AUGCGCAGAUUGCCAUGCUGGCGACGCUGGCCACAGGUAGCCCGGACCCCGUGCAGAUGUGUGUCAUCAGCACCCAGCAUCCCAGGAAGUGCGCAAGGUGCGGCAUGGAACGUCAACGCAUCAGAACGUGGCUACAAAGACUUGGCUACGAAAAGCAUUCUGCAACAUGGCUUCGUCCUGUUACACGGGCUUUUUGCAGGAGAGGAACUUGAUCGGCUCGCAACACCUGCCAUUUCCAAGACCCAAGAGGUCUUGUCCAUGCUCCAAGAGAAGGGUGUGGAGUUAUCGGUGGGUAGUCGACUCGGCUUUCAUGAGGUGGUGCUUCGGUCGCCUGGUCGCUAUGACGUGCCAUGCCCUUUCGAGGCGUUCAACGGCGAGCUUUUGCAGAAGAUCGACUGCAUUGCAAAUGAGCUCCUUUCCGACAAGGCAGCACAUCGCCCUCCCGCGCGAGCCUUUGCCGGAACCGUGCGUGCAUCGCCCGGCAGUGAGGCGCAGAUCUGGCACGCGGACUCACCCCACGCCUCAGACGCACACCGUGGCCCGCACUUGCUCAACGUCCUCGUUGCUACGCAGGACCUGGUGCCAUCCCUUGGGCCCACAGAACUUGUGCCUGGGUCACAUAUUCUCACCAACCAUUUGCGAGAAGGGGCCCAGUUUGGGACGGAGCUUCUUUAUCAGUCUCCUGGGAACUCCCCGGAGCUUGUGGGAGCAGAGAAAUCGCCAGUACUUGCGGAGAUGGCUAAGGGCAGCGUGCUCGUCUUUGAUGACCGGAUCCUCCAUCGAGGCGGCGGCAACACGUCGAAAUUGAACCGCGACGUCGUUUUCUUCUCCUACAGCCAUCCAAGCUUCGAACAUGCCACGCAUUAUGAGGCAGUCCGCUCCCUGGAGACUUAUGACCACCGUUCGCUGGCUGAGACGGUGCGAAGCGAGUUCCCAGGUCUGCGUUCCAACUCACAUGACGCACCUGUCCUGGCAGACGGAGCAAGCGGAUCCCAGCUCCACACCUCUGCCAUCCAGGCCGUGCAGGACCAGCUGUGUUAUGGCACCGCAAACAUUGGCGGCGCAUACGAGUCCAGCCAACGGGCGGAGGCCACUGUCCAGAGGGCGCGUCUGGCCAUGUCCGAGUUCCUGGGCUGCGCUGCGGAGGAGGUGGUGUUCGGGGCCAGUAUGACUGCUCUCGUCCUCCACCUGGCUAGAGCCCUCCGGCCGAGGCUUCAGCCGGCUUUGGACAGCAAGUGCAAGUGCAACAUCGUGCUGGACCCUAUCAGCCACGGUGCCAACGUGUGGCCCUGGGUGAAGCUUGCUGGCAAACUGGGAGCUGAGGUGCGGUGGUUGCCCGUGAAAGCGAACUGCGUGCUCGAUACAGAGGACUCGCUGCUGGCUGCAGCCAUUGACAAGGACACUUGUUUGGUGGCCGCUGGUGCAGCUUCCAACGGAGUUGGAGCGAUUCACGAUGUUGGAACUCUGUGCAAAAAGGCCAAAGAGUUGUCACGGGGCAGAGCGAUGACUCUCGUGGAUGCUGUGCAUUAUGCCCCGCAUGGUCAGAUUGAUGUGCAGCGCGUUGGCUGCGAUUUCCUGGUGUGCUCCCCCUACAAGUUCUUCGGACCUCAUGCAGGCGUCCUCUUUGGAAGGCGAGGCCUCUUGGAAUCUCUACCGGCGGACCGGCUGGACUGCUCGGAUGAUUCGCUACCCAGCAGCUUGAACAACCAUAUGUCCCGAUGGGAAGUUGGCACGCAGAACUACGAGGCGUUGUCAGGCGUCACCGCUGCCGUGAACUACCUGGCCGACUUGGGCCAUCGCUUUGGUGGUGCAGACCCAAAUGGGACGCGCGCAGAGCGCUUGGAAGCAGCCUGGGGCGCCAUUGAUGCCCACGAGAAUGAUCUCAAGCGCCGCUUCCUGGAAGGCUUGCGCAAUAUCCGGAAAGUGCGUCUGCUGGGGGAAGAGGAUCCUGCCUGCGCGGCGCAUCGAACAGCCACCUUCGCCGUGUCCAAGGAAGGCCUUGCGCCGCAG